GGCUCAUGCUGUCGCCUCACCCCGAACCUCAGCUCAUCGAGCGGUCCCCCCGCACCCUGCCGCGCUCCGUGAUCUACAUCAGCAUCAUCACCUUCAUCAUGGGCGCCAGCAUCCACCUGGUGGGCGACUCGGUCAACCACCGCCUGCUCUUCAGUGGCUACCAGCACCACCUGUCGGUCCGAGAGAACCCCAUCAUCAGGAACCUCAAGCCCGAGACGCUGAUCGACUCCUUCGAGCUGCUCUACUACUAUGACGAGUACCUGGGCCACUCCAUGUGGUACAUCCCCUUCUUCCUCAUCCUCUUCAUGUACUUCAGCGGCUGCUUCACGGCUUCCAAAGCCGAGAGCUCUAUGCCAGGGCCGGCCCUGCUCCUGAUGGUACCCAGUGGCCUGUACUACUGGUACCUGGUCACUGAGGGCCAGAUCUUCAUCCUCUUCAUUUUCACCUUCUUUGCCAUGCUGGCCCUCGUCCUGCACCAGAAGCGCAAGCACCUCUUCCUGGACAGCAAUGGCCUCUUCCUCUUCCACUCCUUCGCCCUCACCCUCUUGCUCGUGGUGCUCUGGGUGGCCUGGCUGUGGAAUGACCCUGUACUCAGGAAGAAGUACCCAGGCGUCAUCUAUGUCCCUGAGCCCUGGGCCUUCUACACCCUCCACGUCAGCAGUCGGCAUUGAGUCCCUCCCUGGCAACAGCUACUGGUGCUCUGCUGGGUGGAGAUGGGCCAUGGAGGGUGUCUGAGCACGGGGUGUGCAGGUGCGUGUGUUGUGUGUCGGUGUACACACAGUGACUGAGAACAUGGGCAGGGUAUGCAUAUCGUGCACGUGGAGUGGUGUAUGUGUAUGCAUGUGCCUAUUGUGUACGUGUGUGCAGAGUCAUUGUAAGAGUUGAUUGUUUUGGUCAAGUUUCUGUUUGGUUGGAUCUUCUCAGGAUCAGAUCUAGUUUUAGGAAGCGUGUCUAGGCCAAUAUCCAGGCCCCUGCCCUUCUCUGCACCUGACUGUUGCUGGGGGCCCUGACUGCACUCUCACUGCUCAGGGCCAAUUUGUUCUUCCUGGGAUGUCUUCUCAUAGCCAUGCAGGAGAGGCCUGGGUGAGACAGAAGCCAAGACGGGACUUGGUGUCUCACUCACCCACCCCUUGGCUCAUCCGUCAGGCCUGCCCCGGCACCACCCUCUCCCAGCCUGGGAGGGGCACGUGUACCCCAGACCCUCACCCAACCUCAGGCCCCACAUGGUGUUGCAUCUCCCCAAGCCCAGGGAGCCAGAGGCCCAGCACACUCCCCUGCCUGCGCCAGCCUUCGCUUGGGGUCUCUCCCUUCUCAUAUUCCAGAAGAAUUGUGGCCCAGCUUUGUUUCAGCCCAACUGCACGUUUUUGAGCUGCUGCUGGAGGCAGAGUUCCCAACUACUUGCACUGUUCCCUGAGCCCCAUUACAGGGGUUAGGGGACUCCUUGAGGCUCUCUCCAGUCAGCUUUCUCGGCCUGAACCUCCUACCUUCUGCCAGUGGCCCUGCUCCCAGAAAGGGAGGCCUCAUUCUCAGCAUAAGCGGCCCCCUCUGCUCCCCUCCCCCAGCUCACCUCUCGCAGGCAUUGGGUUCAGGUCCCCUCCCAGCAGAAGGCGUCACAGCUUCAUCUCUGGCCAGCAAUGGCCAGUACAUGCUGAUGGGGCUCAGAGGGGCCUGCCUUGCCCUACUGGCCUUGCCUCCUCUCCUGUGCUCUCAGGGAGCCCCGUGCCUCAGUCUCCUUUCAUGGUGGGGUCCCCCCAUAGCUCCAAGGGGUCCCCCGGCCCUGGGUCAGUUUGUCUGCCAGCAGCGUUGGGUGGUGAGAGGCAUGAAUAAAGCUGGUGUGGAGCCAA